AUGGAACGGAUUUCAACAUUGAUACCGAAAUUUAAGCAACAGUUAAUCUUUCUCGAGGAACGCGAAAAACUACUUCGGAAAAUUAACGAUCGUACAAAUUCACAUGAUAGUGAAUCAUCUGAUGCAUCCACAAAUGGACAGUUAUUGGGCAUUACAACAUCCACCAAUUAUCAUACAUUACCAACAGUUUCGGCCGAUCGUCAUUCUCACUCAUCAUCUUUCAUGCACGCAAACACAGCACGGUCCGAACAUUCAUCUGAUAAGUCUAUCGGUGAUUCAGCAGCCGAUCGAUCAAAUUCUGAUCCAGCUGGUAAUACUUCUUUCCCAGAAGACUACAAGAUGCCAGUAUUACCUGACGCAUUGAUCAAAGAUGUCAAUGAUGGUAAUAUUGUGAAAUUCGGUCCUCACUGUUCAAAUCGACGGAUACUCAUCGAUGCUGUUGUCUAUGAUCUCAUAAACAAAUACAAUCUCUUUUAUCCAACGCAUAAGCAAUUCGGCAGCAUCGGCAAUGGAAUUGUGAAAUUUCUCAAGCUACCUUUGACUGUCGAAAAUAUAGCUGUCUGGAAAGAUGCUCUUCAAACGAAAUUGAAACGACAACGUUCCGAACACCCAGAUAAUGUUUCUGUUCAAGAAUAUCGGAUGAGAUAUUCGAAAUCUGGUUCAGGAAGGCCGGUGAAACGGCAAGUAGGAACAACGGCACAACGGGAUCGAUAUAAACAGAUGAUGAUGAUGGUAAUGUCACCGGAUGAUCCUUCGUCAGAUGAGAUUUGGUCGAAAGCAGAUCAAUUGCGCAAAAAUCCUCCAGUAGAUAUACACGUUCAAUUGAGUCUGUGGAAAGAAACAUUACAUUUACGACGACAAUCAAUUCGGGAUCGUUCCACAGCUGAUAUUCUCAAAGAUUUUCCUGGUUAUGGAAAUCCGUUGUUGGUAUUCGAAGAGGUACAAAUGCUGAUGAAGAUUAGUCUAGCCGAUGCUGUACGUAUACAAAUACCGAUCUUGCUUGAGAAACUGGUUGAAGCUCCCGUCUUUAUCACAGAUUCAUCCGCAGUUCGACUCAUGAAAGUUCUGUGUCAACGUUUUGACGAAACACUUCAACACGUAUUUUGUGACACGGAACCGCCGACGCCAUAUCCAACGUUAGUUUGCAUCAAUGAUCGCAUUACCAUAUUCGUUGACUUUGUUCCAAUUCUCUCUACCAAUUCUCCCGACGACGCUCUGGCACUUCUGAUCUCAAUGUACACAAUCUUCGAACUGUCGUUCGAUAAAAAAAGUCGAGCGAUUCGAUUGCUCUAUUCUGUGCUACAUGGCGACAAACGUUUCCUAUCCAAUUCGAUUCGAAAUUUGAUAAGAGAAAAGGAAAUCGACAUUUAUUGGAAUGAAAAUAAAAAGUCUCCAUUGUUCUCUUCGAAUAACCAAUCCGCUGAUUCGACAACACUUGUUAUUGAACCGCAAACACAAACACAAACACAACCGAGUUCAGAUCUACUAAAUGAAUCAAAAGUCGAACAGAAUUCUCCUGUUGCUAGUCAAACGUCACAAACAAAAUCUUCAAAUGAUGUUCCUGAUUUCAAUUUGGAUAUGCCCGGCAAUGUCAAUGAAUAUUGUGAGAACAUGGAAAACAUAUUAGCGUCAUCGAUCUGCAUUCCUCAAUCGAAAAAACUCCGGGGUAGAAAAAGGAAGAAUUCGAAUGUGAACGAGCAGAAUGAAAACGUGAUGAACAAUAGUCGAAAACAAGAUGAUCAAUGUUCAAACUCGAAUUCUCUUCCACUCAAAGAUAUUACCAAUUCGACUGUCACUUUACGUCAGAGCAAACGGAAACGGCGAAAUUAA